GCAGGAAGUCCGGCGCGGCGGGCGUCUGGUAGUUCCUGCGGCUGCGCGAAGAUGGUAGAGGGAGAGGAGAGCGUCCGCGUGGUUCACUGUGGCGGCAGCGCGUUGAACUUCAGGCGAGCGGCGUUCUCUGCGGAUUCCAGGUACCUCUUCUGUGUCUCUGGAGACUUCAUCAAGGUAUACAGCACCGCCACAGAAGAGUGUGUGCACAUCCUGCAAGGGCACAGAAAUCUGGUGACUGGCAUCCACCUGAAUCCCAACAACCAUCUGCAGUUGUAUUCUUGUUCCUUUGAUGGCACAAUCAAACUGUGGGACUAUCUCGAUGGCAUUUUGAUAAAGACAUUCAUUGUUGGACAUAAACUUCACACCCUCUUUACUUUUGCCCAUGCUGAGGAUUCUGUUUAUGUGAUAACAAAUAAAGAAGAACCAGAUGUAUUUCAGCUGGUUUCAGUGAAACUGCCCAAAUCAUCAAGCCAGGAGGUACAAGCUAAAGAAGUCUCCUUUGUUUUGGAUUACAUAAACCAGUCACCGAAGUGCAUUGCCUUUGGGAGUGAGGGAGAGUAUGUUGCUGCAGUGCGGGACUUCUAUUUGUCUGUUUAUUUUUUCAAAAAGAAAACAACAUCAAAGUUUACUUUACCAUCAACAAAAACUAAGAAACGUUCUAAGAACACGUUUACAUGUGUAGCAUGCCACCCAAAAGAAGACUGCAUUGCUUCUGGUCACAUGGAUGGCAAAAUCCGGCUUUGGAGGAACUUUGACGAUGAGAGGAAGUACACGUACACAUGCUUACAUUGGCACCAUGAUAUGGUCAUGGAUUUAGCUUUUUCAGUCACUGGCACCAGUCUGCUGAGUGGUGGACGGGAAUGCGUGCUUGUAGAGUGGCGCGAUGCAACAGAGAAGAAUAAGGAGUUUCUUCCACGUUUGGGAUCUACAAUCGAGCAUAUCUCUGUCUCACCUGCAGGAGAUCUGUUCUGCACUUCUCAUUCUGACAACAAAAUAAUGGUUAUUCACCGAAACCUGGAGACAUCUGCAGUGAUUCAAGGCCUAGUGAAAGAUAGAAGUAUAUCUACUGGUUUGAUGGUUGACCCAAGAACCAAGGCUUUAGUUUUGAAUGGAAAACCUGGUCAUCUACAGUUUUAUUCUCUCCAGAGUGAUAAACAGUUAUAUAAUUUAGAUAUUAUACAGCAAGAAUACAUCAAUGACACUGGUCUGAUCCAAAUUGAACUAGCCAAGGCUGCCUUUAACUGCUCUGGGAAAUGGCUAGCAACAGUGGAACAGCGGAAAGAAAGGGAAUCUGAGCUUGAAUUGCAAAUGAAGCUGUGGAACUAUAAUAAGAAAACACAAGGGUUUGUUCUUAACACAAAGAUUGCCAUGCCACAUGAUGACCACAUCACAGCUCUCUGUUUCUGUAAUGCAGAAAAGGCAGAAAACCCCACCUUGGUCACAGCUAGCAAAGAUGGUCGCUUCAAAGUGUGGAUAUUAACAGAUGAUUCUGAUAUCUACAGAAAAGCUGUUGGCUGGACGUGUGAUUUUGUAGGUAGUUACCACAAGUUUCAGGCAACCAACUGCUGCUUCUCAGAAGAUGGCUCUUUACUUGCAGUCAGUUUUGAGGAGACCGUUACAGUGUGGGAUUCAGAAACAUGGGAACUUAGGUGUACGUUUUGCCAAAGAGCUGGAAAAAUAAAGCACCUGUGCUUUGGGAAGUUGACGUGUUCUAAGUAUCUCCUUGGCACUACAGAACAAGGCAUUCUCUGCUGUUGGAACCUGCUCAGUUGUUCAUUGGAAUGGAGUGCAAAAUUUAUGGUUAGCGUUCUGGAGCCUGAUCCUACUUCAGAGCAUAUCGCUGCAGUGUCUCAGUCUCCAGUGGGUGCAGACUUAUUUGUAUUUAAGCCUAGUGAGCCAAGACCAUUGUACAUUCAAAAGAGUAUCUGCAGAGAGGAAGUCCAGUGGGGAGUGUUUGUUCCCCGAGACGUCCCUGAAUCUUUCACCUCAGAAGCACACCAGUGGCUGAACAGGUCUCAGUUUUACUUCCUAACAAAAUCACAGAGUUUAUUGACAUUCAGUACAAAGUCUCCAGAAGAGAAGCUCACACCAACAAGCAAGCAGCUGCUAGCAGAAGAAAGUCUACCGAUAACCCCAUUUUAUUUCAUACUGGGGAAGCACAGGCAACAGCAGAAGGAACAUUUAAAUGAAACUUUAAAGGAGGAACGGGUACAGCUCCCCUUGACAGAGAACAUACCUGCAAUUAAUGAGCUUCUUCACACCCCGGCCCAUGUGCUGCCAUCUGCCUCUUUCCUGUGCUCCCUGUUUGUAGACUCGCUGCUGCUGUCUCACGGCACUCACAGCACUGAAGGCAUUCCUGAUGAUGUAGAUAUGGAAGAAGAAAUCAACAGUGAUGACUCAGAUGAAGAAAAGGACUUGGCUGAGGAGACCCAGCAUGCAGCAAUCACAGAUUUGGGAGAAGACAUUAUUCAUCAGUUGUCAAAAUCUGAAGAAAGAGAACUGAGAAAGCUCAGGAAAGUAGACUACAGCUGGAUAGCUGAUCUUUAGGCUAUGAACAUGGGGUGGGCCUUACACAUUGUAUUUUCUAUUAAACAUAUUUUUAAUGUUAUUUCUGUUCUUAAAAUAAUAAAUAUUUACAAGCCUUUUGCA